CAAGUCUGCAAAUGCAAACCGUGUACCUACUGCAGCUCCAUUUCCUAAAGUGUAAAGUAUCUGUACCUGCAUCCCCACCACCCUCCACAGGUUACGUCUCACCAACACUCCGCCAAUCGAUACCCUUGCCCUGCCAUCAAAUACGCAGCGACCAAAAAGUAUCCCGUUCUAGACUAUGGCGCGCGCUUCUUUUCUUCUGUCGACUUAGCGGUAGGUUUUGUCUUCCUUCCCUCUAUUCUACUCUUUGUCCAUCCUUUACCCUAGCCUGGCCUUACUCCUCCUCCCAACGACAUGCCGCGAGCGGUGUCGUACUUCUCUCGUUCGUUCGUGAUGCUCAUAUAGCCGGCCUAUCCUGUCUUAUUCUUCUUCCCGGCCUCACUUCGAUACUCCCCCGGCUUGUCGUAGGUCUUCGAAAUCGAGUCUCUUCAACUUCAAUUGCUGCGCAAACUACGUCCAUGGGCCCUUGCAGUCCUUUAUCGCUACAGCCAUGAUUUGGUUACGCCGCUUCACCAUAUUACUCUCUUUCAUGCUGCUUAUUUCCUUUGGCGCAUGGCUGCUUCCCCGUAUACUAGACCCAACGACGAAAGGCCCCGAGAGGCGCGCCAGAGAUCGACGAUGGGUGAACAGCAGCCCGUACUUUCUGGAUCGUCAGGCCUGUCGCUGGAUUAGUCUGUGCGGACUACAUCACUUGCGCAGUGAUCCUGCCUCUCGUGGGAAUAAUGAGGACGAAGAACCAGAAUGGGGAGAGCUCAAGCGCCGCUCUCUUGCUUGGGAGCCUGAUGAGAUUCCCCGUCAGAAUCACAAGAGAGAUAUCAAUCAACGACGCAGGAUCCUUCGCGAUAUCCCCGACUAUGUUACAAAGCAUGCGCCGUUAGUUCACCUCUACUCUGGGGAAGAGUUUUGGCCCUCGGAUAUUCGUCAGCACGUAGAACAUAUGACUGCCUACGCCGAUGACGAGCCUAUUAACUCGACUGAGAAGUGGACUCUUCAUAACUUGCACGAGCUGAAUAAGUAUUCUGGCAAGAUCACUCUCCGAAGUGAUGACGAUGUCGAGUCUCGUCCCAAUUGGCUGCACAGCCAUUAUAACGUUCCCAAACCGUUUCCUGACGACAAAGACGAUGACCAAAACCGCGAUAUACCGGUAGGAAACCCCGGAGGAGAACCCGAAGCCCGGGAGCCCAGCACCUGGUAUGAUGUCGACAAAACACGGCCUGUCCAUAAGAUUUCUGACCCUAGAAAUCGCAAACUUCAGAAUCGCCGUCGUUCGGAGUCCAACAGUCACAAACCGGAGGCCAAUGGCUACUCAGCAGCUCCCGCAGUGCUUGUUGUGGUUGAUAAGGGGUCAGGCAUUGUUGACGCCUUCUGGUUCUUCUUCUACUCCUACAACCUCGGUCAAACUGUCAUGAACAUCCGGUUUGGUAACCAUGUGGGUGACUGGGAGCACUGCAUGAUCCGUUUCGAGCACGGCAUUCCCCGUGGUGUCUUUUUCUCAGAGCAUGAGGGUGGGCAGGCGUACGCAUUCGAAGCUGUCGAAAAGCGUGGUGACAGACCCGUCAUCUAUUCAGCUGUGGGCUCCCACGCAAUGUACGCGCUACCAGGAAACCAUGCUUACAUCCUGCCAUUCAAGCUUCUCAAGGAUGUCACGGAUAAGGGACCGCUCUGGGACCCCUCUCUUAACAAUUACGCAUACCAUUACGACUAUACGAAAGAGGACAAUCAUGACCUGGACGAACAACACGAACCUCUGAGUCUUGUUCCCGCGGCAUCGAAUCCUCAUGCACCGACAUCUUGGUUCCAUUAUCAAGGGCAUUGGGGUGACGAAGUCUACUCUCUUGCUGACGCCCGCCAGUGGCGUUUCUUCGGUCAGUAUCACUACGUCACUGGCCCAGAUGGACCCAGGUUCAAAACUCUCAAUCGUACAAAAAUGUGUCAAAAACAGAAUUGUAAAAUUCUCUACAACCUAGAUCAGAAGAACACAUGGUACUAGAUGGGGAUGUUCGUCAGUCGAUUCUGUGUUGCACUACGUGCAACUGGUGCAAGUGCCACACCUAUAUUAUAUCCUUGAUUUCUUCAAGUUGAACCGGAGUUUGACGUAGCCAACCUAUGUGGCGGAUCCAAAAGAAUUAGUACGUACGUAGAUGCAUGCUUAUCCGGCAGUGGGUGAACCCGAGGGUCUUAGCUGGGAGGACCGGAUUGUUCGGCAUUUGUUAGAUGGGAUACGGCGUUACGUCAGGGGUUUCUCUUGGGAUAGAUUCUUUUCUUCGUGCCUGGUUCGUGAAGAAGCAAACUGGCGGCCUACAAAGUACACACUGUUAUGUUGGAUGGGAUGAUUAUGGGAUUUGAUACCCAGAUACCGCUUUUGUUAGAUGCCCCAACUUAGAUAUGUCGAAAUGUUCCUUUUAUGGUUAUGAAGUAUAGAAUUUAAGUUAUUAACUCAGCCC